AUGUCAGUAGAUGCAAAUAUCAAUUCCAACUCAAGUUCUGCUGAAGCAGAUUUACCCAAUAUAACACCGCGUGAUGUCCGGCUACUUCACCUGAUUUUGGCAUCGAUGGGAGUAUCUUCAUACCAAGACAGAGUGCCUCUGCAAUUAAUGGAUUUUGCUUUUAGAUAUACACAUGGAGUUCUACAAGAUGCUCUCCAUUAUAGCGACCAUGCUCACUCAUCCACAUCCCAUCAACCAGCAGGUGUUGGUCCUUCAAAUGUCCCAUUGACAAUAGAUGAUGUGCGGUUAGCAGUAGGAGCUCGAGUUAAUUAUCAGUUUAAACCUGCUCCGCCCAAGGAACUAUUAUUGGAUCUUGCACAAGAACGAAACAAAAGGCCACUCCCACAGGUUAGUCAACAGUAUGGUCUAAGAUUACCACCCGAGAAGUACUGUUUAACUUCGAAAGAGUGGGAGUUCGACGAUGAAGAUGACGAGCUCAUGAAUGAGAUUGUUGACGAACCCGUACCAGCACCUAAUUCUAGUGAUGUUGCAAUGACUGACGACUAG